AUGAAUUUAGAUUUUGAUGCUAAAAAAUUUACCGGAUUGGAAGAUUUACAAAUUACCGGUAGAUUACAAGAAGUUGGCCGAAUUGUUGGUAAACAUUUGGAUAAUGAACGUUUGAUGCAAUAUAUAACACGAUUCCGGAAACAGCAGAAUCGUUUAAAUGCAGCAAUGAUAGCAAUCGAAAGAAAUCAAUUGAAAAAAUUACGAAAUUUGGUUGAUAGUUUAAAUUUAAUUCACGUUGCUGUAUGUAAUGAACGUCAUGAAAUUGUUGAAUAUCUUGCAAGCGUUUUUCCAAAAAGUAUCGAUAUUUUAGACGUGAACGGCCGAGCAGCAAUACAUUAUGCAGCAACUCAAAAAAAUGCAAUUUAUGAUACAUUGAUUGAUUGUGGAGCAGAUAGUUCACUUGCUGAUAAAAUUGGUAUAACAGCCGCACAAUAUCGUGAUAAUAUUGAUAUUACAAUACCAUCACCAUUGAUAACAUCAAAAACUUCUGAUAUGGUUUUUAAACGUUAUUCGCUUACUGAAAAUCUAUACGAUUCAGUGAAUCAAUGGCUUGAAAAUGGUAAUAUCAAACAAUUAGAGAAAAUUUUUCUUGAUGGCCGUGGUUAUCUUUUGGCUGAUAAAACUUCAAAUGAUGUGAUAACAAAUCAAUUCCUUAAUGGAUUAUCCAAAUGCCAAGAUCAAAUUGAUAUAAUACAUAAAGCAGUAGAAGAAGGUAAUAUUGAUAAACUGAUAGCAUUAAGUGAUACUGAAAAGCUUUCUAUUGCACGUGACAGAUAUGGUAUGACACCAUUACACAUAGCUGUAUUACAUGGACAAACAAAUAUUGUUCGUUAUUUAUUAUCAAAAUAUCCAUCUUGUGUUAAUGCUAUCAACCAUAUUGGUCGAACAGCGUUACAUUAUGCUUUUGGUAAUCGAGCCUGUCAAAUAAUGGUUAAAUUACUACAAAAAGCUGGUGCUGAUGAUUUUAUUGAAGAUAAGUUUGGUCAUACACCGUUGUAUUAUCGAAACAAUAUGGAACAAUUAGAUGAUAAAAUGAUGAUUAAAGAUAACGAUCAGAUGGAUGAACUUAUUACAGGUCAAAUGAGUGAAUCACUUUUGCAAGAUUUGGAAGAAAAUAUUUCGAAUUGGAUUCAUAAUGGUAAUUUGAGAAAGUUAGAUAGUUUGGUGCUAAAUGGUUAUGCUGAUUUGUUAUCCGGUCGAACACAUGAAAUUGAUGAUCCGGAUAUUCGUCAUUUCUUGGAUGCAUUACCAGAGUAUCAGAAUAAAAUCAAUGCAAUUCAUAAAGCUGUCGAAAUGGAUAAUUUGCAAGCAAUUAAAAUGUUAGUCGAUCGAAAAAAGAUGGCAUUUUGCCGCGAUCCGCGACAUUUAACGCCAUUACAUAAAGCGAUCAUUUUGGGUCAAAUUGAAAUUGCUAAAUUUUUGAUAAAAAAUUAUCCGCAAGCAACAAAUGCAAUGGAUGAGAAUAAAAGAACACCACUUCAUUAUGCGGCAGCUUUAUCUGAUGAUGGUUGCAUGUACAAAAGGAUGCGUAAUGUUGGGGCUAAUUCAAAGAUUUCUGAUUGUAAUGGUCGAAAACCAAACUAUUAUUUGAGAAAUCCUCAACAAAUUGACUUUAAAACAAUUAACACAGACAAAGGAAUUAUUUUGGAUGAGAUUAUUCGUAAUCAUAUAACAUCAUCUUAUUUGGAAUCAAAUAUUCAUCAAUGGCUUGAUGAUGGUAAUAUUGGUAAAUUAGAGCAAUUAGUACUUUCUGGAUGUGGUGACUUACUUUUUCGUCAUACAACAAAUAAUAUAAAGUCAAAAAAUUUUCUCGCAUAUCUCAAUACUUAUUUGAAUAAAAUUGAUGAAAUUCAUACAGCAAUCAAGAAAAAUGACCUGGAACAUGUGAAGGAAUUAAUUAGUUCAAAAAAUUUGGCAUUAGCACGAAAUCGACUUGGACAUACACCACUUCAUACUGCAAUCAUUUAUGAACAAACUGAAAUAAUCCGUCACAUUGUAUCGAACUUUCCAUUUGUAUUAAAUGCUUCUGAUUAUAAUAAGCGUACACCGUUGCAUUAUGCAGCAGCAACGCAUGAUGGUGGACAUUAUAUGAAAAUUUUAGUUAAAGCUGGAGCUGAUUCAAAUGCUUUGGAUAAUGAAGGUCAUACGCCACAUUAUUACGUUCUUAACAAUGUGAUUGAUUUGGAAUCAUUGAGAGAGAAUGAUGAUAAUGAUAGCAAUAUUAUCAACUCAGAAAUUUUCGAUACCGAGCAAUUUAUGCCGUGUAUUGAUUCGCCGUCAUUAAGUAGUAGUGAUUCAGCAUCUGUCAUGAGUUCAUCAAAUAUAUUAGUGAGUAUGACAGAAGAGGAUGAAACAGAUGGGUAUAAAUUUGAAGAUGAUGAUAUAUUGGAUGGUAACAUACCACCAGCUUUACCAACAAAUAGCAGUAAUGGUAUUUAUUUGGCAAGAACAGUUGCACCGAUUUUAACUAAAGCACUUACUGAGGUAUUGUUACAACGACCAAUUGAUCCAAUUAUUUUCAUCGCUAAUUGGCUUACUCAAUAUCGUCACAAUAAUCCAUUAUUAUAA